GCAGGUACGAUGAUGCGGCUCCGUUGUAAAACCCGUCAGGGGACACACUUACUGCAGGGGCUGACAGAGGUGUCCAGUGUCCGGGAGCUGCAGGACCUUAUAGCGGGGGUGAGCGGCAUCUCCGGGCCCGCACAGCGAGUCAUGGUAGGCUAUCCCCCAGCCUGUCUGGACCUGAGCGAUGCUGACGCCCGCCUGCGGGAGCUGCCAAUCAAAUCAGGUGACACGCUAGUUGUGGAAGAGGAUAAAAGCAGGAAUGCUACUGUCGUGAAGCAAUGUUUAAAUGAUCAGACUCUGCCAAGAGCUCCAGCGAUUGUUCGUAGAGUAGUUCCAGCAGACAAUUCCUGUCUCUUUACAAGUGUUUACUAUGUAGUGGAAGGUGGUGUAUAUGACCCAGCAUGUGCACCAGACAUGCGCAGUCUUAUAGCUGAAAUUGUUGCCAGUGAUCCCACAAGUUAUUCUGAAGCUGUGCUUGGAAAAAGUAAUGAAGAAUAUUGCUCUUGGAUUCGUAGGGAUGACACAUGGGGUGGAGCUAUAGAAGUUUCAAUACUUUCAAAAUUUUAUCAGUGUGAAAUUUGCGUAGUAGAUACCCAGACAGUGAGAAUAGAUCGUUUUGGGGAAGACGCUGGCUACAGCAGAAGAGUUUUGCUAAUUUAUGAUGGCAUUCACUAUGACCCUUUACAGCGCCAGUUUCCUGAUCCUAGCAUGCCCCCUAUGACCAUCUUUUCCACAACAGAUGAUGAUGCACUGGUACAGGCCCUGGAGUUGGCAGAUGAAGCCAGGAAGAAAAGAAAGUUCACAGAUGUGAAUAGAUUUGCCUUACGCUGUAUGGUUUGCCAGAAGGGAUUAACUGGUCAAUCGGCAGCAAGAGAUCAUGCCAAGGAAACUGGGCACACCAACUUUGGGGAGGUGUAG